GAGCUUCUGUUUAGUGACGCCUUUGACCAGAAUGCUUCAAUUCAGCAGAUGUUUGUUGAGCGCCCGCCUGUGCCAGGCUGUAUCUCACUUUCUGGGGAAACAGCAGCCAAGGGAAAUUGAGAUACGCCAACAACAGUAAUUACAAAAAUGAUGUCAUGAUCAGAAAAGAGGCUUAUGUACAUAAAAGUGUGAUGGAGGAACUGAAGAGAAUAAUUGAUGACAGUGAAAUUACCAAAGAAGAUGAUGCUUUGUGGCCUCCUCCUGACCGAGUGGGCCGGCAGGAGCUUGAAAUCGUUAUUGGUGAUGAACACAUUUCUUUCACAACAUCGAAAAUUGGUUCCCUUAUUGAUGUCAAUCAGUCCAAGGACCCAGAAGGCUUACGAGUAUUUUAUUAUCUUGUCCAGGACCUGAAGUGUUUGGUCUUCAGUCUUAUUGGAUUGCACUUCAAGAUUAAACCAAUCUAGAUGGAAUAUUGCUGUGGACAUGGGGGGGUUGGGAGUAGUUUUUAAUGACCAUUAUCAAGAAAUUUUUGUGUAUAUCAGGGCAAUUUUUUAAGUAAAUGACAAAUUAUUGUCUUUAACAACUGUGAUAAAAUAUAAUUUUUGUUAUUUUAUAAAAACCUGAACAUGUGAAUUCUCAAUUACUUUGUAAAACACUAACAUCCUGUGUGGGUAUUGCAAAAAUACCUAAUCAACUGUAAAUAUAACUAUAUUUUACAGAAAAUAAGAGAAUACAGAAACAUGUUUUUAAAAGAAAAAAUAGUCAAUACAUUCAAAGAAAAUUCCAGGGCCAAUAGUCUGGUUCCUUCAGUAUAAACUGCAAGAGAAACAGAUGAAGCAGGAACCUAUGAAGAUUUAGGAGACACAUUAAGCAAUACAAGGUUUGAACCCCAUUUGAAUCAUGAUUCAAAAAAUGUAAAAUCACCAUUAAGGAAAUUGAAUACUGGAUAUUUGAUCAUUUUAAUGGAGUACAGUUGAUUUUGUACUUGUGACAUAGAGUUGUGUUUGGAGUUCUUUUAUCCUUCUGUAUAUACAUCUGUAUUUCAGUAUGGGGAGGAAAUAAUUCAACAAUUGUAAGGGAUAAAAUUCCUGGUCCCAGGGGCCAGUGCUGUGGCACAGCAGAUUAACACCCUGGCCUAAAGCGGCGGCAUCCCAUAUGGGCACCAGUUCGAGACCUGGCUGCUCCACUUCUGAUCUAGCUCUCUGCUAUGGCCAAGCAGUGGAAGAUGGCUCAAGACCUUGGGCCCCUGCACCCGUGUGGGAGACCCAGAGGAAGCUCCUGGCUCCUGGCUUCAGAUGGGUGGAGCUCCGGCCAUUGCGGCCAUUUGGGGGAGUGAACCAUCGGGUGGAAGACCUCUCCGCCUCUGUCUCUUCUAUCUCUGUGUAACUCUGACUUUAAAUAAAUCUUUAAAAAAAAAUUCCUGGUCCCAGGAAAGGUUUCCAAUAUCCAUGGUAAAAUAGUUGUUGAAGCAUUAAGGAAUGAGAGCAAGUUACUACAGAUAGUGUGGGAACUUGUGAGAAUUUGUUCAACAGGUUGCUCUCCAGUGGCUUUUAUUUAUUUAUUUU